AUGUAUAAUGGCAUAGGCUUGCCUACCCCUAGAGGCAGUGGCACUAAUGGAUAUGUGCAAAGAAAUUUUGCCUUCAUUACAAACACUAAAGAAAAGCAGCUCUACAAAACUGAAGAUGAUUUUUCUAAGGUUGAUUCUAGAAAUGCGCUAUUCAAGGAACCUAAUAAAGAUAUCCUCCUUCAUGAGCGCAAAAGGAAAAUUGAGUCUAAAUGUCUAGAAUUGUGCAAAAAUAUGGAAGACCAGGGGUAUAAUGAUGAAGAAAUACAGGAAAAGGUAUCAUCCUAUAGGAGACUGCUUUUGAAUCAACUAGAGGAUUCGAAUGCUCCAAAAAUAGACAUAUUACCUGAAACCGAGGUGCCUUGUAACCGUAAAGGAACCCAUGAGAUGUCAGAACUAAAUAAAGUCAAGAACUUUAUAUUUAAAGAGGCCUUGGGAAUUAGUGAGGAUUUUCGUGACGGUACCUCAAUGGAAGUGGCACAACUAAGACGAAAAGAGGCUGAGCUAAGCAAAAAACUUUUAGAAGCACAAAAGGAAAUGGCGUAA